GACUUUGGCCUAGACAAAGGAUGGGGGUUGUGGCUGUGGAGCGGAAGUGGGUCUCAACCGCUAUAAAGCCUCUCUGUGCCCGUCCGGAGCUGGUGAGGACAGCCUGCCAGAGUCUGGUCUCUGGACACUAUGGGCACACGACUCCUCCCGGCUCUGUUUCUUGUGCUCCUGGUAUUGGGAUUUGAGGUCCAGGGGACCCAACAGCCCCAGCAAGAUGAGACGCCUAGCCCGACCUUCCUCACCCAGGUGAAGGAAUCUCUCUCCAGUUACUGGGAGUCAGCAAAGACAGCCGCCCAGAACCUGUACGAGAAGACAUACCUGCCCGCUGUAGAUGAGAAACUCAGGGACUUGUACAGCAAAAGCACAGCAGCCAUGAGCACUUACACAGGCAUUUUUACUGACCAAGUUCUUUCUGUGCUGAAGGGAGAGGAGUAACAGCCAGACCCCCCAUCAGUGGACAAGGGGAGAGUCCCUCACUCCCCUGAUCCCCCAGGUUCAGACUGAGCUCCCCCUUCCCAGUAGCUCUUGCAUCCUCCUCCCAACUCUAGCCUGAAUUCUUUUCAAUAAAAAAUACAAUUCAA